AUGAAAGUUAACCCUGAUAACAAAACAGUAGCUGCCAUGGAUGUUCUUGUCCCAAAGGUUGGUGAACUAAUUGGAGGAAGUCAAAGAGAAGAGAAUUACGAGGUCAUCAAAGAAAGGAUUCUUGAAAUGGGGCUUCCACUUGAGCCAUAUGAGUGGUACCUUGACUUGAGGCGCUAUGGAACUGUGAAGCAUAGUGGAUUUGGGCUAGGGUUUGAGAGGAUGAUUUUGUUUGCAACUGGAAUUGAUAAUAUUAGGGAUGUAAUCCCAUUUCCAAGGUUUCCAGGAAGAGCAGAUCUUUGAGGUACCUCUAAAGAUACAUAAAACAUAUAUCAAGAUCAUUCCUUUUGUUUUAUAUUUAUUAGCAAGUAAGUUUUUCUUUUAAAAAAAAAUUGUGAAACCGAUUUGGGUACAUUACUUUGUAAGAUUUUGUUGCCACUUGCUGCUUUAUUUUACUGUUGGUGAUGUUAUAGACUUUUU